AGAUUGUUUUAUCUUUAUCUUAUUUUAUGUUCAUAACAAGAGUCUCUUAUCCCUUGUCAUCAAUUUUCGCCGAAGACUUCUCUAUAAAUACCACAUUCACUUUCUAUCACAUGAAAACUAAAAAACACAAACAUCACAUGUAUACACACAUAUAGUUACAAACACACAUACACAAAACACAGAUAUAUAUAAACAUGUCUUGUAAUAAUAAACCAUUAUUAAUCGGCAACAAAGUCGUCGUUAUACUUGUAUUCCUCUUAUGUUUGGUUCACUCGUCAGAGUCACUUCGCCCACUCUUUGCAUGCGACCCGGCAAACGGGUUAACCCGGACGCUCCGGUUCUGUCGGGUCAAUGUACCGAUCCAUGUGAGGGUUCAAGAUUUGAUCGGAAGGCUCACGUUGCAGGAGAAGAUCCGCAACCUCGUCAACAAUGCUGCCGCCGUUCCACGCCUUGGUAUUGGAGGAUAUGAGUGGUGGUCCGAGGCUCUCCACGGCGUUUCCGACGUUGGUCCUGGCUCUAAGUUCGGUGGUGCUUUUCCCGGCGCCACCAGCUUCCCUCAGGUCAUCACCACCGCAGCUUCUUUCAACCAGUCUCUAUGGGAAGAGAUCGGACGGGUGGUGUCUGAUGAGGCAAGAGCUAUGUACAAUGGAGGCGUGGCCGGUCUGACAUAUUGGAGUCCAAAUGUGAAUAUAUUGAGGGACCCACGGUGGGGCAGAGGUCAAGAAACUCCCGGAGAAGACCCUAUCGUCGCUGCAAAAUAUGCCGCCAGCUAUGUCCGGGGACUUCAGGGCACCGCCGCCGGAAACCGCCUUAAAGUCGCCGCAUGUUGCAAACAUUACACUGCUUAUGAUCUUGAUAAUUGGAAUGGCGUCGACCGUUUCCACUUCAACGCUAAGGUCACCCAACAAGAUUUAGAGGACACAUACAAUGUGCCAUUCAAAUCAUGUGUUUACGAAGGAAAGGUCGCGAGUGUAAUGUGUUCGUACAACCAAGUCAAUGGAAAGCCCACAUGUGCUGAUGAAAAUCUCUUAAAGAACACUAUUCGUGGUAAAUGGCGUCUCAAUGGGUACAUUGUCUCAGAUUGUGAUUCUGUUGAUGUUUUCUUCAACCAACAACAUUACACUAGCACUCCGGAGGAAGCUGCCGCCGCCUCCAUUAAAGCCGGUUUGGAUUUGGACUGUGGGCCGUUUUUGGCGAUCUUCACGGAAGGUGCGGUGAAGAAAGGAUUGUUAACGGAGAAUGACAUCAAUUUAGCACUUGCUAAUACAUUAACAGUCCAAAUGAGACUUGGUAUGUUUGAUGGUAAUCUUGGGCCGUACGCUAAUCUUGGGCCACGAGAUGUUUGUUCUCUGGCCCAUAAACAUUUAGCCCUUGAAGCAGCCCAUCAGGGAAUUGUUCUUCUCAAAAACUCUGGUCGCUCACUUCCACUCUCCCCCAGGCGCCACCGCACCGUCGCCGUGAUUGGUCCAAACUCCGACGUCACUGAGACUAUGAUCGGAAACUAUGCAGGGAAAGCAUGUGCCUAUACGACGCCGUUGCAAGGAAUUUCAAGAUACGCGAGGACACUUCACCAAGCUGGUUGUGCCGGUGUGGCGUGCAAAGGGAACCAAGGAUUUGGUGCGGCUGAGGCAGCGGCGCGUGAAGCCGACGCGACGGUUCUUGUGAUGGGACUAGAUCAGUCUAUAGAGGCGGAGACACGAGAUCGAACUGGGCUUCUCUUACCGGGUUAUCAACAAGACCUAGUGACCCGUGUGGCUCAAGCUUCUAGAGGUCCAGUGAUUUUGGUUCUUAUGAGUGGUGGACCAAUCGAUGUAACCUUCGCUAAGAAUGAUCCACGUGUUGCUGCCAUCAUUUGGGCCGGGUAUCCGGGUCAAGCGGGUGGAGCUGCCAUCGCCAAUAUCAUCUUUGGUGCUGCUAAUCCCGGAGGAAAACUACCAAUGACAUGGUAUCCACAAGAUUAUGUGGCUAAAGUGCCAAUGACGGUAAUGGCCAUGAGAGCAUCCGGAAAUUACCCAGGAAGGACAUACAGAUUUUACAAAGGUCCAGUGGUGUUUCCAUUUGGGUUCGGUUUAAGUUACACUACCUUCACUAAUAGUUUGGCUAAAAGCCCAUUGGCCCAACUAUCAGUUUCACUCUCCAAUCUCAACUCUGCCAAUGCCAUUCUCAACUCUACAUCACACUCCAUCAAAGUGUCUCACACCAACUGCAAUUCGUUUCCGAAAAUGCCCCUCCACGUGGAAGUGUCGAACACCGGUGAAUUCGACGGAACACACACGGUUUUUGUCUUUGCCGAGCCGCCGAAAAACGGAAUAAAAGGAUUGGGUGUGAACAAACAGUUGAUAGCGUUUGAGAAGGUUCAUGUCAUGGCAGGGGCAAAACAGACCGUUCGAGUUGAUGUUGAUGCUUGCAAGCAUCUUGGUGUAGUGGAUGAGUAUGGAAAGAGGAGAAUCCCGAUGGGUAAACAUAAGCUGCACAUUGGUGACCUUAAACAUACUAUUUUGGUCCAACCACAACUUUGAGGGAGGCAUAUAAAAAACAACAAAUAAGGAAAUCAUUUUAACAAAGUGGAUUGGUUCCUCUUAUAUUAUAUAGCGAGAUAGGUUUAUUUUCUUGAGAAAUUACGCAAGAAAAGUAUGAAUCUGUAAAGAAGCACCAAAGGGUUGCUUCUUGGUUGUGUGUUUGUUUUUUCUUUUUCUUUUUUUGGACCAAAGUUAUUGUAACUUGUGGCUCCCAACAUAAGAAAUACAAGGAGCCCUUGUAAAAUGUUGAAACUAAAGAUAAAUGAAAGUAAAUGUUAAAUUUGAUA